AUGUUUGCGUUUAAUGGCCGCGACAAGGCCGACGUGCUUCGAGACACCCAGGCUGAAGUGGCACUGAAGGCAGCGCAGGCGCAGGCCGUCAAUGCUUCCGCAGCAACGGCAUCGGCGGAAGGCAGCGCCACGUCUAACGACGAUAUUUGGGCGGACUGGAGGCGGGUUGACUCCAAGGUCAACAAGUACCCCACCCAGCGGCUGUUCACCGCAGUGGGCUCCGGAGGGGACGAGUUCCGGGAGGCCAUGAUCCGCUGCGUGGUGGAGGUGGUGGGGGGGCCUGUGGACGUGGAUGUACGGCCCAGCAGCGGGGGCAACUACCAGUCGGUUAGGGUGGGACCCGUCACGGUGAACAACCCGGACCAGUGUAUGGAUCAGGGUACGUGUGCCGAUAGGGGUCAUGUGCCUGAGCUGAGCACAGGCCGUUUGGCUGAGUGCUUUGCUGUGCAUUGUGUACGGCAGGUUUUGGAAAUCUUUACCAAGAUGCGACAGGACAAGCGGCUCAAGUUCCACUUGUGA